AGGAACGUGUGGGGUGAUUUUGAAGGCAUCAGCAAUAAGGCUGCAGAGGAAAAAGAGAGCACUCUCAACUCUACAGCCGCUCCACGUGCAAAUCCAAGUGAAGGAUCCAAACCCAAAGGGAGCAAACAAGAAAGAAGGAGAGGCAAAAAAACCCAAAUGGAAGUAAAGGGGCGUAAAGAAGAACGGAAAGGCCUGGUCCCAAGAAGGGGGAGGCUCUAAAGGGAACUGCAGUGGCCAGGAGGAAGCUCUCAUCUCAGAUCAAACUAGCUGAAGGCGCUGGAUGGAAAGGAGCCUGCCAUGGAUCUUCUGUGCAUAUUGGGGAAUGAUCCGCAGGCUUACAACUGCUCCUUGAACACCACCACGGAGAACUGGACCAAUGGAACCCUCCGCAGGACCAGGAAUGAGAACAUUGCCAAGGUGGAGGUAGCAGUCCUCUGCUUCAUCUUCUUCCUCGCCCUGACGGGGAACCUGUGUGUGCUGUUGGCCAUCUACACUACUCGUCACAAGCAUUCCCGCAUGUACUUCUUCAUGAAGCACCUAAGCAUUGCUGACCUGGUUGUGGCCAUCUUCCAGGUCUUGCCUCAGCUCAUUUGGGACAUCACCUUCAGGUUUUAUGGGCCAGAUUACCUCUGCAGGCUGGUCAAAUACUUUCAGGUGGUGGGCAUGUUUGCUUCCACGUACAUGCUCUUGUUGAUGUCCCUGGAUCGGUGCCUGGCUAUCUGUCAACCCUUGAGGUCUUUACACAGGAGGUCUGACCGGCUGUCUGUCCUCCUCACUUGGAUGGUAUGCCUUCUGUUCAGCAUCCCACAGCUCCAGAUAUUUUCCAUGAAGGAUGUGGAUCAUGGGGGCAUUGAUUGCUGGGCAACAUUCAUUGAGCCCUGGGGACCUAAAGCCUACAUCACCUGGAUAACCUUGACUAUCUACAUCAUCCCCAUGUUUGUGCUGAGUGUCUGCUAUGGCCUCAUCAGCUUCAAAAUUUGGCAGAACGUGAGGCUGAAAACAAUCCAUGACACCAGCCUGAGUUUGACUUCCAGCAAUUGCCAUGGAGGAACACUCUCUAGGGUCAGCAGUAUCAAACUCAUUUCCAAAGCCAAGAUCCGGACAGUCAAGAUGACCUUCAUCAUUGUCUUAGCUUUCAUUAUGUGUUGGACUCCUUUUUUCAUUGUACAGAUGUGGAUUGCAUGGGACGAAAAUGCUCCAAAGGAAGAUUGGGCGUUCAUAAUCACCAUGCUCCUAGCAAGUCUGAACAGCUGUUGCAACCCCUGGAUCUACAUGCUUUUCACAGGCCAUCUUUUCCAUGACCUCUUGCACCGGUUCCUCUGCUGCUCUUCUCGGUAUUUAAAAUCUCGGCAAGGAUGUGACCUGAGUGUCAGCAAGAAAAGCAACUCCUCCACCUUUGUCCUGAGUCUCAAAAGCUCUAGUCAGAGGAGCUUCACACAGCCAUCAACUGCAUGAAGAGGAAGAACCCAGCUCUACACGAACUGCACUGCAACAGGCCGGUUCGCAUGAUCACAGCAAGGGAAACAAGCCAUGGUGGCUUAUUCUCCCCACUGCACAUGCCAGUUGCGUACCACCUGGAUUUCCUUACUGGCUGCGUCAUCCAAACCUGGGCGGCAUAGCUUGCU